UGAACUCAGGAGAGGGCUGAAUUAGUUUCACGAUGGUGAUAACACUGUAAAGCCAGAACACUGGCAAACUCAACCUUAGCUUUGGACCUACUCCUUUCCUUCCUCUGCUGAGCGCUGGGCUGCCUGCUGGCACAGCAGUGCUCGCUUAGCAGUGCCUGUCCAUAGCAUAUGUAGAAUGAGAUCAUAAGGCAUGAUAAAAGGAUAUGUAAUGAACAUACAGAAUGUAAAAUUGAUGUGUGUGUUUGUCUUGGCACGUGUAUGUUGUUCCUUCAUAUUGGAAUAGUGGUGUUCUCUUUUCUGUAGACUUCCCAGGAAGUCUGUAAUAAAUACAAAACAUAGGUAUCCACUGACUCACUGAUAUUUUGUAAUAAGUGCUUUAUCUACUAAUGUGUACUAGAAGCCAGUAAUCUCUUUUGAUGAUGCACUGCUGGUGCAGUGCUCCUCCUUCCCUUUCAAACCCGUGUCAGUGUAUAUGGGUGCUGGUUUGUAUUCUAGUUUCAGAAGAAUUUCAGUGCAAGUUUAAAUAGCUUAAUUUUUUUGUUGUUGUUAAAAACAAUUUUAAUAAGAAUGUUACUGGUACAUGUUAGUUCUAAAACAAAUAACAUCCUUCUGUGGCCUUGUGUGCCUGCAGGGGGUCUGCUAAUGGUGCAGCUGCAUAGAUCUGGUAAUGCUGCACGUUUCGUUCAUUGCGGGGGGCUCAAAUCAGCAUUUUCACUUAGCCCUUUCAGGAAUAAAGUGACCUUUCUUCGAUUCUUUCUGUUUUUUGAAUCUUCGGAUGAAAUUUAACAUAGGAUAGAAGUCUUAAACUCGCAGUGCUUACUUAUCUUUCCUGAGAAUUGCUGAGACACUCAGCAGUGACCUGAACUGAGAGGAAAAAGCUGCAGCAAGAGCUCAGGCGUUGGUAGGCCGAGGAGCCUGCGUGGGAGAGCGUCCGUGGCAGUGCCCCACCGCUGGGAAAAGCUUCAGCUGUAGCUUUCAGACAACAGCAAGACAUAAAUCCAUAGGAAACCGAACUUCCUUCGUUUUUAUUCUCAAGGAACUGUUAAUCAGUUGGUUAUCAGAAUGUUCAGGAUAGGUCUAAUGCAGCGUUGAAACGGUUCGAAAAAUGGAGCAUGAACCGUAGUACGUUUCCCGUCAGUGGGAAAACUUGUACAAAAGAGCUCUGUAUGUGGAGGAGGACUGUUUCAUUUAGAACUGAGCUGAUACUUCUGGGAUUUAAGCUUUUAUACAUAGAAAUACCUGGCAGAAAGCGUACCUAAGGGAGUUUCUCAGUGUCUCUCCUGUUUGUUAACCUGACAAAGUCAGCAUUAGAUGGUGACUGUCCUUCAGUGUGGUUACUCGAAGGAGAAAACCUGAGCCAAAGCGUGAGUUUGUUCACUGAUGGCUAAUUGUUGGGGAAACAGUUAUUAGUUUGUACGUUGUGCAACAUGAGGUGCUGCUUAAAUUGCAUUGACAGACUUGAUUAAUAUUUCGAAAGGAAGUUUUCAUCAUCAAUUAACCUUCUGAUUUCUUUCUGAGAAAGACUUGCCAAAUCUCUUUUAUUUGGGGCAUUCUGCAAUUUCAGGAGCAUGCUCUGGCCCACUGUGCUGUAGAUGAAUUUUCCUGAACUGUCAUUUAAAAUCUAUGGCUUUACUUGACAGUUCCCAUUUUUUGUAGUGGAUGAAACUGUGCAAGUAAUAAUUUUCUGAUCUAUUUCAGAAAGUGACCGUCUAGAUAAGCGCCUGUUUUAUUUGAAGAUUUUUAUAUUGCUAGAUGAAGGAUGCCUUGGUACUGUGUGCAAAGAACUUGGUGAAAAAGGACUUUUUCCGACUUCCUGAUCCAUUUGCUAAGGUUGUGGUGGACGGAUCUGGCCAAUGCCAUUCUACAGAUACUGUGAAGAAUACACUUGAUCCAAAAUGGAAUCAGCAUUAUGACCUGUAUAUUGGGAAAUCGGAUUCAAUAACAAUCAGCGUGUGGAAUCACAAGAAAAUUCAUAAAAAGCAGGGAGCUGGUUUUCUGGGCUGCGUGAGACUUCUUUCAAAUGCAAUUAACCGCCUUAAAGACACUGGUUAUCAGAGAUUGGAUCUGUGCAAGCUUGGGCCAAAUGACAAUGACACUGUUAGAGGACAGAUAGUAGUAAGUCUUCAGUCCAGAGACCGAAUAGGCACAGGAGGACAAGUCGUGGACUGCAGUCGUUUGUUUGAUAAUGAUUUACCAGACGGGUGGGAGGAGAGGAGAACUGCUUCUGGAAGGAUCCAGUAUUUAAAUCAUAUAACAAGAACAACUCAGUGGGAACGACCAACACGGCCAGCAUCAGAAUAUUCCAGUCCAGGCAGACCACUGAGCUGUUUUGUGGAUGAGAACACUCCAAUUACGGGAACAAACGGUGCCACGUGUGGGCAGACAUCGGAUCCCCGGCUGGCAGAGAGGAGGGUCAGGUCGCAGAGGCACAGGAAUUACAUGAGCAGGACACACUUGCACACGCCUCCUGAUUUACCUGAAGGCUACGAGCAAAGGACGACUCAGCAAGGUCAGGUCUAUUUUCUACAUACUCAAACUGGUGUUAGUACGUGGCACGAUCCAAGAGUACCUAGGGAUCUUAGCAACAUCAAUUGUGAAGAGCUUGGUCCACUGCCUCCUGGAUGGGAGAUCCGCAAUACGGCAACAGGCAGAGUUUAUUUUGUUGACCAUAACAACAGGACGACGCAGUUCACAGACCCACGGCUAUCUGCUAACCUGCAUCUAGUCUUAAACCGCCAGAAUCAACUUAAAGAUCAGCAGCACCAGCAGCAGCAGCAGGUAGUGUCCCUGUGUCAGCUUCCAGAUGAGGCAGAGUGUCUGACUGUGCCAAGGUACAAACGAGACCUGGUGCAGAAACUCAAGAUCCUGAGGCAAGAGCUGUCACAGCAGCAACCUCAAGCUGGCCAUUGUCGUAUUGAGGUCUCCAGGGAAGAGAUUUUUGAGGAAUCCUACAGGCAAGUCAUGAAGAUGAGGCCAAAAGACCUGUGGAAACGAUUAAUGAUAAAGUUCCGUGGCGAGGAAGGCCUUGAUUAUGGAGGUGUUGCCAGGGAGUGGCUGUACCUAUUGUCACAUGAAAUGUUGAAUCCAUAUUAUGGUCUCUUCCAAUACUCCCGAGAUGAUAUCUAUACACUGCAAAUCAACCCAGAUUCUGCAGUUAACCCGGAACACUUAUCAUAUUUCCAUUUUGUUGGACGGAUAAUGGGAAUGGCUGUGUUUCACGGACACUAUAUUGACGGCGGCUUCACGUUGCCUUUCUAUAAGCAGUUGCUAGGGAAGCCAAUUACGUUGGAUGAUAUGGAGUUGGUUGACCCUGAUCUUCAUAACAGCUUGGUUUGGAUACUUGAGAAUGACAUUACAGGAGUCUUAGACCAUACGUUUUGUGUAGAACACAACGCAUACGGGGAAAUUAUUCAACAUGAGCUAAAACCUAAUGGCAAAAGCAUCCCAGUGACAGAGGAGAACAAAAAGGAAUAUGUCAGACUUUAUGUAAACUGGCGAUUUUUACGAGGAAUUGAAGCUCAGUUUCUGGCUCUACAGAAGGGAUUCAAUGAAGUAAUCCCACAACAUCUGCUGAAGACAUUUGAUGAGAAAGAGUUAGAGCUCAUCAUUUGUGGACUUGGAAAAAUUGAUGUUAAUGACUGGAAGGCAAAUACUAGGUUAAAACACUGUACGCCAGACAGCAACAUUGUGAAAUGGUUCUGGAAAGCUGUGGAGUUUUUUGAUGAAGAGAGGAGAGCACGACUUCUCCAGUUCGUGACUGGCUCAUCCAGAGUGCCUCUGCAGGGCUUCAAGGCAUUGCAAGGUGCUGCAGGCCCACGACUAUUUACAAUACACCAGAUUGAUGCCAGCACUAAUAAUUUGCCGAAAGCUCAUACCUGCUUUAACCGAAUAGACAUUCCUCCUUACGAAAGCUAUGACAAGCUAUAUGAGAAGCUGCUAACUGCCAUUGAAGAAACAUGUGGGUUUGCUGUGGAAUGACCCUUCCCAGGCUUACCUGAGACUCUAUUUAUACUCCUGUCAGCCGGAACGCCCUUCCCUCAUCAAGACUCGAGAAAUGCUUGAAAUACAGGAACCUUUCCCUUUUCUACACUAGGACACUGUGAGGGAAAGGACAACUUUGCAAUUUUUUUCUUUCAAGAAAAUAGGUUCUGUGGUUCCUGCCACAGGAUCAUUCAGCUGCUAUUAAAAACUAAUACCUUGAACAUACAGAAUGCUGACUUUUCCUACAUUUCAACAGUUAAGCAGUAUUCUACACUUAAAGACUACUACUAUUUUUGUAAAAGGUAAUCUAUUAUAUUUGCCUACCUGAUUUCUAUUCUCAGAUACCAAGAAACAACUUCAGCAGUCGGUACAAGUCACGUUUCAGCCUGUUUUAAAUGUAUGAUACUGACCAGCAUCUAUACCUGCUAUUUUUGGAAAAAGUAUUUUGGAUUAUUCUAACUUUUUGCAUAAAAUUGGCUGAAAGAAUCAUUAAUCUUUUUAAUUAAAGCCACUUACAUGUUACUGCAUUUUCUUAUAGUAAAACAUUAUAUUCUGCAAUGUACAUUCAACUAACGUUGCCACAGGGAACUUUUUUUAUAUUUUUCAAGCAUGAAUUACAAAUACGAUGUUUUGGGGCCUAUUUAUAUCCUCGUCAGAUUCCUUAAACAAAACUUCUAGUGUGAGUGACACAUACUGCGUUUGGCACAGUAUUGGUGUUAACAUGUGGAAUAGACCUUUUUUAAUGAAGAGCAGACGUUUUGAUUUUUUUUUUAAGCAGCAUUUUUCUAACAAGUCUGUCAAGAAUAUUUUUUGUGACUUUUGACUUUAAACACUGCGUUUUUCAACUUGGUGCGCGUGUUGAUGAGGUAAUAUUUGACAGCAGCAACCUGUCUGCAGUUCAGUUCAGAACCCAUCCUAUCCAGCCGACCAAAGCUUGUUUGAAUGCAGCCAAAUCGCACGAUAAGUUGUUGAUGCUAAAGAUCUGUCAGGUGAAGCAUAUUAUUUUAAUCUUUGUCUAGCUGCUCGUGACACGUGGGUUUAAGUUACAACUAAGGAAAAACGGCAGUAAAACUAAAAAUGUUGUAUUAACUGAAAUACGCGAUGUGCUUCAAAAAUGAGGUUUUAAAAGCACAUAAUUUAUUGAUUGUAGGGAUGGAAGUAAGUAUAUAUAUGAUUUAUAACAUGGGUUGAUCUCUGCAAAGGGGAAUAAAAUGCACUACCAGUAGAGGGAACUGAAUUUUGAAGUAAGUUUGGGCAAUCUCAGCGAAGAUCCGUCUCAUCUGGUCGUGGUGUGUGGGUGAAUCGCUCCAUUUAACACAGUGGCAUUCUCCUCUCGGUGAGAAGCUCUGGAAUAGAUAGCAUUUUUUUCCCAAUCAGCGUUGUUUUUUAACGUAGGUUACAAUUAAUCCUCAAAUGUGCACUAUUUUUACACUGCCAAUAAGAAGGAAGUCCAGGGAGUUGGACGUGCUUGAACGCCGGGAUGUGAGCAGCAGUGUGAGUCACACGGUGACCCCGCUCGUUUUCUGUUUGUUCCUUGGAGCUUGAACUUAAUUUUGUUCUGCCAAAUCUGACUGCCGCAGUGAGUAAACUACUACUGGAUGUUGUGUAUUAGAAUAGCGGGCAAUGGACUGCUUUCUAGAAUUGUGGUAAGAACCUGGUGAGCCAAAUCCACAUGUUCAUUUGAUUAUAUAUAUAUUUUUGUAUGGCUGUUGCUGGAAGGUUUGUUCUCAGAGGCUUGCUUCCUCGUUCUGGGCUGGCUGCAGAGGUGAGGCUACUUAGGGAUGUAAACAUGAAGCCAAGAAGCUCGCUGUGACAGCCAGGUUUGAAGUAUAUCAGGCCGUUCUUUCCUCAUUUCAGGGGACUGCUGCACUCUUUUAAAAUGCCUGGUACCUUUGCUUAUGUUCAGGAGCCCUUACUAGAGAAGCUACCACUGUAUUUCUCCAGUUUGUCUGGGAAAGCAAAGUGGGAUGUUGCCCAGUGCGUUUCUUAUUUGUUACUGCUUCCUGUGGUUGGGGACCACCGCGUUAGGUAACCCCCAGGUCCUCCUCUCACCCCUUCAAGUUCGGAGGUCUGACAUCAAUUACUGACGCAGGAUCAAAACAUCAGUGUUGUGUAAGGGAUUUAAUUCUGCUCUUGCUCAGGCUAUGGCUGCGGCCACCCUGAUCAUGGAAGCAUGACAGAUGUAAAAUCCAGCUUGAUCCAGCUUUUGGGAGAAGUCAGGGCUCAGCUGGUGGCUCCAUGAGGAAGGGAUGCUGUUGUUUCCACCAGCCAGCCCUGCCAGCACCACUUCAAGCUGUUCCCGUAGUGUGUCCUGACCGCGCCGUCUGUACCCUCCUAGGAAGCUGCCCCUGCUCACCUCCUUGGGCUGGUUCGUUAUCGAACACCUGGUUGUGGCCCUUAAAACAUAAAAGCGUUUCUGAGGAGGGAGGAGAUGAGCUCUGCAGAAAAUAGAGCGCAGAUCAGCUGAUAAAUACCAUUGGUUCUCACAGCAGCCUUAGCAGCACGUCUGUGUGUUCUACCAACCAUUUUGAUACGGCAUAGAGAAUUUUUUUUAAUUGUCACAGAUAAAUAUUAUAAAUUUAAUAUAUUAUAAGCAAAACUAGAUAAAUUUGACUUUCCACAGCUGACAGAUGAGGUUGAGUAUACCAAGUAUUUUGAGUGCCUUUCUACCUUCAUCAUGACCGAGAGCUUUAACGAAAGCACCUCAUCACCGAGUCACCUUGAUCAGAAAACCUUAAGGGUUGAUGCCUUUGCAAAACUGUAUUUCAAGAUCACGUCAGCUACUUUUCCCCUCCAAAAGGUGCUAAGCCUAAUAUUGCAUUUUAACCUUGGACUUUCACCCCAUGAUUAAUGUGAAUAUUUAUUUCAGUGUGUCCCUCUUACUGGGUUUUACUUUAUCCAGUCUUUAGUUGUUUUAGAGAAUUGUCACAUCAUGGUUUUAUGCUGUUGCUUUUCAUAUGAAUGUUUAAUUAUGAACAGAACUUUUGUAGAUUUCAAAUAUACAGUACACAGUUGAAUUUCAGAGGAUUUAAUUUCUCGGUGUAAAGAGUUUUGUAAUGGUGCUUUGUACAGUAUGUAUUCUAAUUUUUUUGCACAUAGUUUCAGUUUCCCUAAACUGAUUUAUUUUUACCAAAUUUUUGUGUUGUACUAAAGUCCAGAGCACACAAGCUGUUUUUAAAUUCUCGUUCUACAACACUACAUCUGUAUAGAACUUCUGGUGCGUUUAAACUAGCUGCAUUGAUGGAAGUAAAAGCUUUGCUUCUAUACCAUAAGAAUGCAUCAUUCAGCUUCAUGUAGCAUGCUCCAAGUGCUUCAGAUUUUAAACAGCACCAUCUAGUUACCAGGUGCCAUUUGUUGUACUUUACACUAUGUAGUAGGUUUCCAGCUCUGCCACAUCCUCAGAGCUUUGUCUGUAGCUGUAAUUAGUUUAUACAAGUGUAAUUACUCCUCCACAACCUGACAGUUCUUAGUUUAUCAUUUCCAUUGUAUUUAUUACAGAGUGUUUUAGCAUUGAUAUCAUUGUAUUUUCACCCAGCUGUUACAUGAGCUUUAACAAAAAAAUCUGUAUAAAAUGGUUUUUAAGUACUUAAUGUAUGUACCCAUGCAGAAGUUGAGCAAUAAAUUGUAUGCUGUUUGCACUGUCACAGCAUCAAUGGUUUAAAAAGU